AUGGAAAGACAACUGCGUGGUUGGUUACGCUACUGCGUUUAUUUUGGUAUUUAUGUGGGCGUAUAUGAGGAUACCAGCGCCACCACCAUCAGCGAAACCGGUGGCGACACGAACAACAAGAUUGCACUUUGUGCCACACAAAGAUGCCACGGACAGCGACCGCAGUGGUAUAGAGGUCAACAAAAUAACAAAAUUUUUCGGCAGCAACGUCUCUACUUAUGGCUCCUAACACUCGUACUCUACACAGUCUACUUCCUGGGCUUGUAUACGCGCUCCUCGUAUCCCGGCAUCUCUUGGGUAGCGGCGACAAUACUUUUCACCGUACACGUACUCACAAUGACAUUGAUGAUGCGCGAGGCUUGGUGCAAGCAGGCACAACAUGAUCUCUUUCUACAAAUUUUGGAAAAGAUCGAGACGGCGUUACGUUUACGACUGCGACAUAAUGUGCAGAGUGCACAGUUGUUGUGCGACUUACGUCGGCUCAUUGUUUAUCUGAGCGUUAUAUCGGCGCUGGGGUUUGCGCUCUUUGCGCUAACCACCAUGUGGUUGAGCUAUGUGGAUUAUUUCUGGUUUGGCUUCUGGCUGAUAAUUAUUAUACGCGUACGGGUCAUCCAGUUGAUAGUUUACUUAUGUAUACUGCGCCACUUCCUACGCUGCUUAUGUGCACAACUACGUCUAAUUGUGGCCUACCACACAGCACGAGGACACACGAUUCUGGAUGUGGACGGUGUGCACUUGCGUUCGUUAAAGUGCCUGCUAGCGGUGAAGGAGAUUUAUGAGUUGUUGCACAGAGAGUUUCAGCUCCUCAAUGAAUUCGCCGGCUGGUCGCUGUUUACCAGCAUAAGCUCGUAUCUGUUGGAUGCCAUUUGCACGCUCUAUUGGAUGUUGCUCAGUUUGGAUGGUUUUGUGCGGCGGCGGAACUAUGAAAUUGCCGGCAUAUUUGUGCUGCUACCAUUGGCAUUGUUUCUUUGGUAUUUGAUGUUUUUGUGCGAUAACUGUAAACAGUUGGGUCGCACGGUGGCCCAUUUGCUGAGUAAAUUGAUACUUAUGAGCGCGAAAAAUCCCUCCCUCCGACUACAUCGCCUUCUUCUCUAUCAGUUUUCGGCUCAACUACAAAUACAAGAAAUCGAUGUUACCGCUCACAAUUUUUUUGUGUUGGAAAUGCGUUUUCUUAUAGCGAUCUGCGCUGUCAUCGUGGCCAAUCUGGUCAUUUUAUUGCAGAUUUUGAAGUCGUAA